AUGCUCGCCCUCUCCUCCAGCCGACGCCUCACCCAGCUCGUCUCGCCCACCAGCGUCCUCCUUCGCCAAUCCGCGUCGGCGGUCCCCGGUUUCAUCAGUUGCCGUCGGCGUGGCAUGGCCUCGACGUCCCCCACGAUGGCCGCCGCACCGCAAAUCAACACGAUCACCGUCUUUGGGGCCGGUCUGAUGGGUUCGGGUAUUAUUCAGGUCGCGGCUCAGAACGGCGUGAAAGCUAGUUAGUCCCCCCGUUGGUGUGAUCCGGCUUUCGUGCUCGAGCUCGGGUAGCAGCUGACCGGGGCCCCGUCCCCUCCCGCCUGCUCCGAUCAUCUCCGGUCGCGUGAACGAAACUGUCCGUCGACACCACAGUCAUGACCGACGUCUCGGACGCCGCCUUGGACAACGGCAAAAAGAUCAUCACCAAGUCAUUGCAACGCAUCGCGCGCAAAAAAUUCCCCGACUCGACCGAGGAGCAACAAAAAUUGAUCGACGACGUUUUCGCCAACAUCACCACCACCACCGACGCCGCGACCGCCGUCAAGAAAACGGAUUUCGUCGUCGAGGCCAUCGUGGAGAACCUCAAGGUCAAGCAAGAGCUUUUCAGACGACUGGACGAUCUGGCGCCCGCGGCGACGAUCUUUGCGAGUAAUACGAGUUCGUUGAGCAUUGAGAAGAUCGCGGAGACGUGUUCGUUGAAGCGCAAGGAGAGGUUCGCUGGUUUCCAUGCUUUCAACCCGGUACCUCAGAUGAAGUUGGUCAGUCUUCUGCGUCCGGGCCGAAAAUGGCGAGGCGAGGCAGCGAAGCAGGAUUCAACCGGCUGAUUUCUGGCAACUGCCCCGCCCCUCCCCCCUUCCGACAGGUCGAAAUUGUGCAGACAUCGCAAACCAGCGAUGAGGUUCGAGACUCCUUGUUGGAUCUCUGCAAGCGCAUGAAGAAGACCCCCGUCAACUGCAAGGAUAACCCGGGGCGAGCACAAUCUGCCUACUUGCUACCUUCCCGGACCCGCCAGCUGACCCCGAGUUUGGCUUCUUUCCAGAUUCAUCGUCAACCGAUUGUUGGUUCCUUACAUGCUCGAAGCCAUUCGAAUGGUCGAGCGAGGCGAUGCGACUGCGGAGGACGUUGACACGGCGAUGAAGCUCGGAGCCGGUCUACCUAUGGGUACGCUCAUUUCUUCAUCGCGCCCAGCAAUACUUUUUCGAGAUCUAUCUAACAUCUAACGCUCCUCGUCCCUUAUUCUCUGCAGGCCCUAUCGAACUCUCCGAUUUCGUCGGUCUCGACACGUUGAGCAACAUCUCCAAAGGAUGGCACGAGGAUCGCGUCUCGACGGGGGAGAUCGAGGCCAAGCAGGUCGAGGAGAUCGACUUGCUCGACAAGCUCGUCAAGGAGGGCAAGACGGGGCGUAAGAGUGGCGAAGGCUUUUACAAAUGUGAGUCUCUCAUCCCCACGUUGAUGUCGAGUCUCGCGAUCUGA